GAUUAACCUUGAGUUGAGAGCGACACCAUUUUGUUAUCUAUUGGAAAGUCGACCAGUCUGAGCGGAUAAACAGAACUGUGGAUCUCUAGUUUAGGACUUCUGGAGGCGAAAUGACGCAGCUUUAUUUCCUUCUUUUGGUAGUUUUAUUAGCGGAGCAAGGCCGUCCACAAGGAACAAAUAACUGUCGGACAGGAUGGAAAUUUUUCCAAGAGAGUUGUUAUCAUUUUGGUUCUCAGAAGGCUACUUGGCCAGAAGCAGAGGCAUACUGCUGGAGCAUGAACUCUCGGCUAGUUGAAAUUGAAACAGAAGCAGAAAGCAAUUACCUGGAGUCACAGCUUAGAACAAUACAUCAACACGCAUCAGAUUCAGGUGUAGACCAAAACGAGGUUUCCUACUGGCUAGGAGGAAAUGACAUAGAAAUUGAGGGAGUGUUCAAAUGGGUCAAAUCUGACCAGCCACUCACGUACGCGGACUGGAGCCCGGGUCAGCCUGAUGACGCUAAUGGCGAGGACUGUAUGGAACUGAGGGGGGCGUUCCAGUACCACUGGAAUGACCUCCCUUGUAACAUUCCCCACCACUUCAUUUGCGAAGCGGCAGCAUUUGAAGCAAAUACCAUAAUAGGAAAGUGAAGAAUUUGACUCAUGAAAAUGGGAUUGACUUUAAUCAGCUUUUUUCUAUCGAGUACAAGAACUUUCUUUAAAAAAUGUAACCGUGUGAUUUCAUUAUAUGUCAAUCAUCGAGAGGAGCUGAAUAAACAGAGUAGCUGGU